AGCAGAACCGUCUUCCCCGCAUCCUUCCGUUCCCCAACCAUCAAAUCGCCGUCAUCUCUUUCAAGUUUCAACUCCCAAAUCCCCAUCAGGCUCUAGUGCUACCACAGCCUGCUCGUCUUUGCGAGUUUGGUCGGUUGAUCUUUGCUGCCGUUUAGGCACACUGGCCAUGACGAAGCACGGCGUGGUGGUUGUGCCCGAGGACACCGUCGUGGGCGUCGCGGCCGGGCGGCAUUUCUCGUUCCCGCCGCCGAGGACCGGCGACUCGUGCAAGAUGCUGGCCGGGCAGAUCGACCUCGGCGCGGCCAUGAUGGGGUCGUGGCUCGACUCCAUGAAGGCCUCCUCGCCGAGGUACAAGCUCGUGGCGCCGAGGGUCGCCGCAGCUGGUGACGUGGAGCACGACGACUGGAUGGAGAAGCACCCGUCGGCAUUGGGCGAGUUCGAGUCGCUGGCGGCGGCGGCGAGCGGGAAGCAGAUCGUGAUGUUCCUGGACUACGACGGCACGCUGUCCCCGAUCGUGGCGGACCCCGACAGCGCCGUCAUGACCGACGAGAUGAGGGAGGCGGUGCGCGGCGUGGCGGAGCACUUCCCGACGGCGAUCGUGAGCGGCCGGGGCAGAGACAAGGUGUUCAACUUCGUGAGGCUGGCGGAGCUGUACUACGCCGGCAGCCAUGGGAUGGACAUCCAAGGCCCCACCGCAGACUCCAACCAACACCUCAACACGCCCAGCAAGGAGGGGCAGGCGAGGUCAGUGCUGUGCCAGCCGGCGAGCGAGUUCCUGCCGAUGAUCGGCGAGGUCCACGACCUUCUGGUGGAGAAGAUGACUGCCAUCCCUGGCGCCAUGGUGGAGAACAACAAGUUCUGCUUGUCCGUCCACUUCCGCUGCGUCGAAGAGAAGAAAUGGGGCACGCUGGCGGAGCAGGUCCGGUCGGUGCUCCGGGAGUACCCGAGGCUGCGGUUGACGCAGGGGAGGAAGGUGCUGGAGAUCCGCCCCGUCAUCAAGUGGGACAAGGGCAGGGCGCUCGAGUUCCUCCUGGGUGCGCUCGGCUUCGCGGACCGCGCCGACGUCUUCCCCAUCUACAUCGGCGACGACCGCACCGACGAGGACGCGUUCAAGGUGCUGCGGAGCAGGGGCCAGGGCGCCGGCAUCCUCGUCACCAGGUUCCCCAAGGACACGCUCGCCUCCUUCUCCCUCCGCGACCCAGCCGAGGUCAAGGACUUCCUGCACGAGCUGGUCAUAGCCAAGAGCUAGCCCAGAUUGUCUUCAGAAGUCACCUUAACUAACUCUGCAGUCGCUCUCGUGGUCUUUGGAGAAAGGCAGAAGAAGAGUUCGUGUAUAUUACAUUAUUACUGUAGGAACAUUUUAGUUCUCUCCUCCGAUUCGCUGUAUCUUCAUUUUUUUGUUUGCUGCUGCUGUUUUAGCCUCGUUAUGAUCAACACCAUCUCAGGGCCUCGCUUGUGAAGGGUUCUAUUAUCGUCCCCUGGUUGCGAGGUCUUGUAAUUAGUUUUAGCCCCUUUGUAUUAUGGAAAUGUGGUGAAUAUAAUCCAUUUUCAGCAAAAGUUAUAUGCAUUAAUGCUUAUGAA